GUUUAAUGUUUACAAUCUUAUUAUUUGUAUUCAUUUGCAUUUGAUACUUUAAACUUUCUAAUUUUAUUAACGUGUUAUUUAUUAAAAACUUACUAUAUUUUUAUGGCAUGUGUUUUCUGGAGACCUCUAACUAAUUAGCAAACAUGUCUUUUCCACCUAGAAGUAGUACUGGUACUGAUUUUCCACUGGAAGCUUUGAAAGUACAUGGUCCAAAUUAUUUGAAACAUGCAUUAACUAGUUGUACAGACCCUCUAAAAGCUAUCGAAGAGUUUCAGGUAACUAAUGGAAUUCUUUUGCCAUCUCUCAGACCUAUGUUACCGUUACUAGAUUUGCAUGGAGUUAGAAGAUUGGAUUUCCACAUGUCAGUUGUAGAGGAAUUAAGAGAAAAACUCAUUAGCCACAUAAACGAUAUUGGAAAACAAGAAGGCAAAGAACGCGACCAAAAAUUAAGAGAACUUCUUGUAAAAAGUUUUCCAGUUAUUAGAGUAAAAGCUAUGAGGCCUAUAGUAAUGACAAUUUUAAAAAACAUUUCUCAAAUAGAAGAUAGUUACUUAAAAGUUUUAGUGAGAGACAAAGAAUUGUAUUUAGAUACCGACACGGAAGUAAAAAGACAAAUUUGGAAAGACAACCAGUCACUUUUUGGUGACGAAGUUUCUCCUUUGUUGAGUCAGUAUAUCAGCGAAAAAGAAAACGUGUUGUUUGAUCAUACUAAUCUCAGUACGCAGUUUUUUGGACCGUCUCCUAAGGUAGGUCUGACUUAUUCCUGA